GCACAGAUUCAAAACAGGGUUUCCUCAUAAUGUAGCUCAGAAAAGUCUCCUUGUUCGGUGAACGUCUUUUAAACUGUCUGCUGUUGACACACAACCAAACUGUGAAACCAAACAAACCAAAAAAUAGACUGUGAGAACAUCUAAUCCCAAAGCUCUGCCAGGAAACUAUUUUUUAUUUCUGUCACUCUACUUCCUAAUGUGGCAGAGAUAUUGGGAAACAUUUUGUAAACUGGAGAAGUGAUGCAGGAAAGAUAAAUCAGUGAAUACAUCCUCUUUGCCGAAGAAGAGAUUUCAGAGACACCGAGACUCAUCAAGUGUUUCAAGAUGAGAAUCCUGACCUUCCUCACGUUUGUCCUGCUGCUAACGCAUCAAAGCGUCUCGCUCUCCAGACCACAGUGUCACAGCUGUGAACAAACAUCCUGUGACUGCUCGAGACAAGACCUGAGGACGGUCCCUGCAGCCCCUUCACAGCUCAUCACUGAACUCGAUCUCUCAUUCAACACACUGCGGUCAAUACGGAAAAAUGACUUUGUCGCGUUUGCCAGUUUAAAGUCUUUAAUCAUGAGUAACAACAUAAUCCAAGAGAUCCAGGAGCAAGCAUUUGUCCCGCUGACUAAUUUGGAGAAACUGGACUUGUCCUCAAACAGACUGGAUACGUUGUCUGCUGGAUGGUUUGGAAACCUUUUUUCACUUCGGCACUUGAAUCUUCUGGGGAACAAAUAUAAAAUGUUGGGUCAAGGCAAUCUUUUCCAGCCACUGAAGAGAUUAAAGACUCUACAUUUUGGAGGACCGAACCUUCAAUCUGUCAGAAAAAGUGACUUUUCUGGCCUCAGUGGUCUUGAAGAGGUUGUUUUUGAUGGAGUUAAUCUGCGAGUCUAUGCAGAAGGAAGUUUGACACAAAUUGGGCCAAUUAAAUUUGUAACACUUGGUCUGAAUGGUCCGUUUUGGAGAAAUCCAGCGCUAGUAGAAGCUAUUCUGUCUGAUGUUGUACACCCAAACACAACCCUGACAUUCACUGACACCCGGUUCUCCACAGAGGAUCAGAUGUUCCCAUUCAAAGUGGCCCGCGACGGCGGAACUAAAAGCGUUAUCUUUAAAAAUGUUAAUUUUACCAUUUCUGCUUGUAUGGCAUUUCUGAAUUUGCUGUCGGGCUCGAAUUUAACUACGACGGCUUUUGAAGAUAUUAAUUUCUACUUAAGUCCUGUGGGUAUCGUUACAUUUCCCCCACACAUGGACCGUUUGGAGGCUGCCAUCUUCAAAAACGUUAAUUUCCCUCAGUUUUACAGAUUCCCAGCCCUCUUUUUCCUGCAACCCAUGCUGAGUGUUGUGCGAAGGGUGUCCGUGAUAAACUGCAAGUUGUUCCUCAUUCCUUGUGGAUCCUCUGCUGAAUACACAAAGCUGGAGUAUUUCGACAUCAGUGACAACUUGCUUAGUGAUCAGCUCUUAAGCGAAAUGAUGUGCGAUGGCAAAGGUGUCUUUUGGAGUCUGCAAACCAUCAAUGUCAGCAGGAAUCAUCUGCAUUUCAUCAACAGCCAGCUCUUCACUAAACUACAAAAGCUUAAAAACAUUGACAUGAGUGGAAAUGUGUUUCGAAGUAUGCCUGAGACUUGUUCCUGGCCACCAAAUCUCCAGUUCUUAAACCUCUCAUCAACACAUUUAACAGAAGUAACCACUUGUUUGCCGGUUAGUUUACACAUCCUCGAUCUAUCGGACAAUAGCUUGACCGUGUUCAACAUCGAACUACCUUUUCUUACUGACUUAUACAUCUCUGGCAACAAGAUUGGUAGUUUGCCAGACGGUCGUUUAUACCCUCGUCUCACAUUUCUCUCUAUUCAAAACAACGACAUACAGGCGUUCAGCGGUAAUAAUCUAAAUGAUUAUAAUAAUCUGAAGAGUUUGAAGGCUGCUGCUGACAAGUAUGACUGUUCAUGUGACUUUGUGGCGUUCAUGACGUCUGACCGGAUGAAUCAUCGAGUCACAUUUAGAGAUGAGUUCAAGUCGUACGUCUGUGACUCCCCUGACACCGUGAGAGGAAAGAGUGCGGCAGACGCAAAGUUGUCAGUGUUUGAAUGCCACACAGCUUUAGCUUUAUCUUUACUCUGCUCAGGGAUCCUGGUGAUGUUUCUGCUCGUUGCUGGUUUGUGUCACAAGUUCAGCGUUGUGUGGUAUAUGAAGAUGACCUGGGCCUGGUUGAAAGCCAAAAGGAAGCCAAAGUUAAAAAAGGGACAGCUCGAGUACGACGCCUUUGUGUCCUACAGUGAAAUGGACUCUGGUUGGGUGGAAGCACAUCUGGUCGCGGAGCUGGAGCAGGCCGAGCCUCCGCUCCGGCUCUGCCUCCACAAGAGAGACUUUGUUCCCGGCGGCUGGAUCUUGGACAACAUCAUGGAUGCCAUAGAGAAGAGUCACAGAACUCUGUUUGUCCUUUCUCAGCAUUUUGUCAGCAGUGAAUGGUGCAAGUAUGAGCUAGAUUACACCCAUUUUAGAUUGUUUGACCAAAACGACGACACAGUUGUGCUGAUUCUGUUGGAGCCCAUUGACAAAAAGACCAUCCCCAAAAAGUUCUGCAAGCUGCGGAGAGUCAUGAACUCCAGGACGUACCUGGAGUGGCCUGAUGAUGAUGACCAGAUCCCCGGGUUCUGGCAAAGCUUGAGAACGGCUAUUAAAAGACCUGAGACUGAUGAUCGGAACUCUUUACAGGCUUUCAAUGUGGACCCUUAAUUUCGUUUUUGGCUUAUGUUGAUUUGUCGCAAGGAGAAAUGCACACGGUAUAUAAAAGAUCCAAACGUUUCCUCGUCACAAUUCCACGUCAGCACAUAUCCGUGCGACCAUCCUUGCGCAAAGUAUAACCGAAGAUUUAGGCUUCAGCUCCAUGACCCUGCCUCCUAACAAUUACGUUUCUGUUCUACAAAUUUGUUUUGCCAAUUAGGUUUUAUGAGGAAAUGUAAAUGUUGAAUGGAUAAUGUUCGUUGGCAACGUUUUUUCUAGUGUAGGAAGCGCUACAUUAGGUGUUUGGGGUGUAUUUUGGGUGUACAAAGUGCAGUACAUGUCAGUUGACUAUUACAGGGUGUAUUUGUUUUGUUUAACAUUGUGAGAUUCUGUCUAUCUGUCUGAUUCUCUGGGAUGCUUUGCAACUGCACAAGCCUUAAUAUGCUGUAACUGGGGCCAGGUUAUGUAUACGUUUAAUUCAACAUUACGAAGCAAAAACACAUUAUUCAAAAAGUGAAUUCAUGUCAUUAAGUUCUUGAACAAAGUACGUGUAGUGUGAAAGUAUAUAUUGUAACACAACAAGCUGAGUUGCGUAAAAGCAGUUAACAAAAAAAGAGAUAACAAAAAACGUGUUUAAUGGAACAAAUUAUAGUAUCACAUUUUUCUUGUAAAUUGAUUUUAUUCUGUAAGUAUGCAUUACCCUUUUCUCAUCCUUAAUCUCAUAUGAAACAAUACAAUAUAACAUUUGUACAAACUACUACUACGUCUAUACGUACAACAGUCUCCUAAUCUUUAACACAUAUAUGCACACAGUGUAUUCAUUAUUAUUACAUCAUUUCAAAAAGAUGGUUUCUAAUAUUGAUUUAACAAUUAUGGUUGGAAUUAAUUUACUAUAUACUCUAUUUCACUUAUAAGAUGUGUACGUGUGUGUGCAUGCGUGUGUGUGUUCAUGUGCUUGUGUGCCUAAAAGCGUGUGUAAUUCAUUGUCAGGCUCUUGAGAGCUGACAUAUUGCCGCUAUUGAUCUUUAGUCCUAAAAUCAACACAGAAGCCUGGAUACUGAUGACAGGCAGGCCAGGGGAGUCAGGGUGUCCUGAUAACACACACACACACACACACACAAACACACAUUAAUGCUCCACAUGCACAUAUAAACAGAAGCACAUGCACAUAUUUACAGAGUUACAGAUGUCUGUAAAGGUUGGUCAAAUCUGGGGAAGUGCAGGACUUCAUCAGCCAGACUUAAAAUCAUCAAAUCAUUGCUUUCAUGAUUGAAAUGUUAUAAACAUGCAUUUACGUGUUGUUCAUACUGUAUAAGUUUACUUCAUUCUGUGUUAUGCACUGUAAUUUUACUGUAUAUUUUCAUUUUGGUGUAUGGUUUUUAAAUAUAUCACAAUUAUUUUCAGUGCAGCUUUCUAGAGCUUUAGUGAAGCGUAAGAUCAUGUAGAGAUAGCAUUAUGUUUAAAAUGAUUUUACGUACUUAAGUAGUUUCUUUGGUAAAGAAAUUUGAUACUCCUUUGAAAAAAAAUUGCGUCUUGUGAGCCCGUACAUUUAGUCUGAACUCAUUUAUUUGUGUUUGUAAGAAAAAUGAAAUGAUAAAGUAGUUGUAGAAAACAGAAGAGCAGAGUUGGAGGAGCUCACAAAUUCUUAGAGACAGCUACUGAAAUAUUAAUAACUGAACAAACUUACAGAUGUUUGUUUACACCCAUGCUAAUAUUUAUCAAUCAUUGGAAAGUUUACUUUCUAUAUUUGUUGAAUUUUACAUUUUCUUGUAAUAGAGUGUUACAGGAAUGAGUCCUAAAACACAGAAAUGAGUUAGCAUUUUAGCACUUCCGGUUCCCUCGUCUGAAAGUCGAUGGGUUUUUUGAAUGGGU